AUGACUCAAACACUGAACUUCACAUUAAAAUUCGCCGCAACACCAGCAAGAUCUUUUGUUAGUUAUCCAUAUAGGAGACAAGGAGCUUCGUCUGCCCUAAAGGAUUCGCUCACAGAGGACGAUAUCGAGAUUUUGACGGAAGAAAGAGCUGCAGAUGCUGUUGAUGUAUGUAUUGUCGGAGGUGGACCAUCAGGAUUAGCUACCGCUAUCAAAUUAAAGCAAUUGGAUAAUGAGAAUGGGUCUGGUGAACUCCGGGUGGUUGUUUUGGAAAAAGCCAGUGAUUUUGGUUCCCAUAUAGUAAGUGGGGCUGUUAUCGAGCCAGGCGCUUUUAGAGAAUUGUUUCCUGAAAGCGAAUAUUAUAAUGAAGAUGGCUCAGGUAUACCCUUGCCUCCAGAUAUUGUUACUUUAGUAGCUCAUGAUUCCAUGAAAAUGUUAACUGAAAAGUAUUCCUUUCCCCUACCAGAACCAUCUCAAUUGCAAAAUGCUGGCAAAAAUUAUAUUGCCUCUUUAAACAAUGUUGUCAAGUACUUAUCAGAACAAGCUGAAGAAGUUGGAGUAGAAUUAUACCCUGGUAUUUCUGUUUCUGAAGUAAUUUAUUCUGAUGAAGCUAAAACUGCAGUUAAAGGGGUUGCUACAAAGGAUAUGGGUAUUUCAAAACUGGGUAAACCCAAGCCCUCUUUUGAAAGAGGAAUGGAAUUCCAUGCUAGAAUUACUGUAUUUGCAGAGGGUUGUCAUGGCUCACUUACCAAGGAAUUGAUAAAUGAAUACAAUCUUAGAGAAGGUAAACUGCCUCAAUCGUAUGGGUUAGGAAUCAAAGAAAUAUGGGAAGUAAGUCCUGAGAAAUUCGAUAAAGGUUAUGUUGGUCACACUGUAGGAUACCCAUUGAAUUAUAAGGACUAUGGCGGGGGUUUCCAGUACCAUUUUGGUGAAGGUUUGGUGGCUGUGGGGUUUGUCCUUGCUCUUGAUUACGCUAACCCUUACCUUUCUCCAUAUCAAGAAUUCCAGAAAAUGAAAUUGCACCCAUUUUAUAAGAAUGUCUUAGAAGGUGGUAAGUGUAUUUCAUAUGCUGCCAGAGCCUUGAAUGAAGGUGGAUAUCAAGCUAUUCCUAAGUUAUAUUUCCCUGGUGGUGUUCUUGUAGGAUGUACAGCUGGGUUCUUAAACGUGGCUAAAAUAAAAGGAACUCAUCUUGCUAUCAAAACAGGUAUACUUGCAGCUGAGUCCAUUUUCAAUGAAAUUAGUGAGUUAGAAGUUCUUUCUGAUCCUUCGGAAUUAGAAGAUGUCGAACCUAUAAUCUUGAAGCUGUAUGAAGAAGCUUUUGAAAAGAGUUGGGCUCGUGAAGAGUUAUUCAGUGUACGGAACGUUAGACCGUCUUUCAACUCACCCAUGGGAUUGUUUGGAGGUUUAACUCACGCUGGUUUAAGUACUUUAAUAACAAAAGGAGCUGAGCCAUGGACUUUAGAUUUCCAUCAUACUGAUGCUGCUGCCACUCAAGAUGCUUCCAAAUUCACUCCAAUUGAGUACCCUAAGGCUGAUGGUAAAAUUACUUUUGACUUAUUAACCUCCGUUUCAAGAACUGGAACUUACCAUGACGAAGAUGAGCAAUGUCAUUUGAGAAUUCCCGAUCAAGAUCACCGUAAACACGCUGAAAAGGCUUAUCCCAAGUAUAAAGGGGUUGAACAACGGUUUUGUCCAGCUGGGGUCUAUGAAUACAUUGAGGAUAAAAACGAACCUUUGGGGGUUAAAUUCCAGAUCAACAGUCAAAACUGCAUUCACUGUAAGACAUGUGACAUCAAGGUUCCCACACAAGACAUCGAUUGGACUGUCCCUGAAGGUGGUGAUGGUCCUAAGUACUACAUGAGUUGA